GUGCUACAAUUAUAACGAUAAAUUAUUUCACCGCGCUUUGCAGUAAAUGUUUGGUGUUACAUAACGUAAGGCGAUUCAUUCGGUUCGAAUAAGGGAUAGGCAAUUUAUGGAUGACGAAAUCCGAAUCUCAGUGUUGUGACACGAGGUAGCGCCGUUGCGGGCGGAAGUGUGACUGAAGUCGGCUAGGCCUGCUUAUAAAUAAGGCAACAAAUGCAGCAAGGUUUUGCGCUCAAGAUAUAGAAGUGAAUUUACAACAAUUAAAAUGAAAUAUACAAUUUUAUUGACUAAAGCGAAGUCGGGGUGAAUAUAUUUGUCGAAAACAUCGCGGCGCUACCUCGUAGUAUUUUCAAGUGACGCCGUCGCCAUGUUUGUUUUUAGUAUUUGAGGAAUGAAAAGUGAACGCUAGAAUCGGUUUGAAUAAAUACUCUUGAAAUUUGGUGAAAUAGCGGGUUUGUCAGAAGUGACAAUAGUGUCGAUGAUUUCCGGAAUAUGAAAGUUUGAAAAGUGGACAAGGAUGUGGCUCCGAAGUGAACACGUUGGUCGAAGGCUUAGAGGUAGGUUGGGGGCGGCUGGAGCAACGAGUUCAAAAGUAACAGGCAGUAGAGUUCAGUCAGGAGCGGUGAGAAAGAUUCCAGCAAUAACAAACAGUAAUCAGCGUGUAAACACAUCGAGCAGAUGCGGUAGAUUGACCAGAUGGAGACGAAGAUCGCCAAAUCUUUUAAAGGAGGCCUGCAGAGAGAACGUUUUACACUUUGCUAAAUCACCUCCGAUCAGGCGAGAGAGAGGACCACGAAGGCGCAAGUGUAUAAAGCGGGCAAUGGGCACUUCAACACCUUUACAUCGCGUACCCCCAAAGGAUUCGAUAAUUCCACCGAAGAGCGCGACGGUGUCCAAAGUAUCUGAAGAGUCGAAAGAAAAUUGGAACCUCAUAUCGUCCACGGUCUAUUCAACGCCAACUUUCAACGGGGAAGUUCCAAUUUGUCCGCCAACACCGCCUCAGGAGGGUAAACCUUCUACACCAAGUGUAGUCGCUCUUGCCGAACUGAUGCCGCCGCCGACCGAAACACCGCAUCCUGAUUUGUCCUGCUUAUUGAGCGAGGAGAGCAACAGAGCUCAUGAUAUAUUAACGUUGCACUGUGGUUACCCGGAGAUAUGUCCUAGCAGCGAGUCAUCCAUCGAUUACUACAACAACAUAAUUCAUUCGACGCCGAUAUACGGCAGCAGAAUCUCUUACCAGGCGGAGAGACACUUUCCGACAAUGAAGUACACCUAUGUCGACGGCAACGAGAACUGCAACGAGGAAUGUAAAUACCAGUUUUCAAACUCUGGCAGCGACUCCUCAAAGUACGAAAGCGCCCAAGAUUUCCCCACAUCAAAAUACACUAAUUUGGCUGACGUGUAUUCACGGAAUUCAAACCGCUCGUCAGACGCUAAUGACGAACUGAACACCAAAUACGAUUCUGAGGACGUCAACAGAGGUUAUCAAGAUGUGAAAUACAUGGACGUUGGAAAUGAAGAAAUCGUUGAAAGCUGCGGGGUUGAAAAUAUGGUCACCCAGGUGCAAGAGGACUGGGAACCCUUCGAUCCCUACUUGUUCAUCAAACAUUUGCCACCUUUGACACCAGCGAUGAGGGCCAGAUGUCCAGCGCUGCCCUUGAAGACCAGAAGCAGUCCGGAGUUUAGUCUAGUUCUUGAUUUGGAUGAGACGCUCGUUCACUGCAGUCUUCAGGAAUUGACCGAUGCAGCUUUCCGUUUUCCAGUUGUAUUCCAAGAAAUAACUUACACGGUUUUUGUCAGAACAAGACCGUUUUUCAGAGAAUUUCUCGAGCACGUGUCUUCGCUGUACGAAGUGAUACUUUUCACCGCGAGCAAACGGGUCUACGCGAAUAAAUUGAUGAAUCUUUUAGACCCGACGAGAAGAUUGAUUAAAUAUCGUCUCUUCAGAGAACAUUGCGUAUGUGUUAAUGGAAACUACAUCAAGGAUCUCUCCAUUCUGGGCAGAGAUCUCUCAAAGACAGUUAUCAUCGACAACAGUCCGCAGGCCUUCGGCUAUCAGCUAGAGAAUGGUAUUCCAAUAGAAAGCUGGUUCGCCGAUCGCUCUGACAGCGAGUUGAUGAAGUUAUUACCAUUUUUAGAAAAUUUAGUGAAUUUGGGAGGUGAUGUUAGGCCGCAUAUCAGGGAUCAGUUCAGACUCUUCAGUUUCUUGCCACCCGAUUAACUCGUUUUGUGUGAUGAUGAGAAUUUCGGUUGUUGAGAAAAGUAAAUAAAUACAUUUUUUAUUAUCCUCAGGCUAUGUAAUGUAUACAUUAUGUUGUUUUUUUUUUUUUUUAGAGAGUUUCGUUGGCCGUAUUCACAGGUGCUUUUAUCGUUCAUCGUCUGGCAAAAAUUACGAUUGUUGAUCUGUUGAAGAAAUGCUCGCACUGUGAAUAUAGCCUAAAACGAGAAACAUUCUCUGUACACUUAAGUCAAGUCGUUUUGAUGUUUUUUUAGGCUCUGAGAGAGCUUGUAAGUCUUCACCACAAUGCAUUGAAACACUUAUAUUUUCAUUAACGAUAUACAGAGUUUUUUUAUGUACAAAAUUUAUACAUAGAAUGCAUAUCUCAUACAUUGAUGUAAUAUCAUCAAUAGAUUAUUAUCUUUCAUACGUAUUAAGAUACGAAUUUUUUUUUUAUUUGCGGAUAGAAAAUGUAAGAGAAUUUACUAAUUGUUUAUCGUCAGAGAUAAUUUUAUAUCCUUAAGAAUUGCUUAUUGUAUGCAAUAAACACCUAAUUGAAUUUGAAACGCAACAAAGAUAUUUGUGGGAUAUAUGUAUACAUUGAGUCCUGAUGAUAUAAGAUAGUUCAGUUACUAUUUUUUUUUUUUAAACGGAUCAGAAGGAUGAAGAAAGAUCUCUAUUACGAAACGGUUGUGUUUAUCUUGAGAAAACAAAUAUAUAUAAAUAAAUAAAUAAGCUCUCUGCUGUGCAGGGAACGUACAAAGGCGUCUUUUCCAUAAAAUUCUUGUGAAAAUUUUUCUACGACGUUCUAAUUCAAUUGAUAAAAUCGUGAAAGUAAACCGCAAUACCCAGUAACAUUCGCCGUUUACCUGAAAAUUUAUAGCCACUGUUGAUACACUAGUGUAUACUGUAAUGUUAAAAUCACACAAAGUACAUGUAUACAUGCUAUGGGCUAAGUAUUACAAAAUGCCCAGACAUUUUCGUUAUGCACACACUAACGCAUGCAUUCAGCUACAAUCAUUGCAUGAAACUUCAAAACUACGUACAAGUAUAAUAAUGGUUGAUAAACCUUUGACAUUUUUCGUCUGUUUUAUUACUCUUUAGUCACGUAAGAAUUAUUGAAAAAUUCAUAUCAGGGAGUCUAGAGUUCGGAGAUAUUUUCUGGAGACAGGGAAUUUGAAUUCUCUGAAAAUUUUAGACAAUUGUUGUGCGAUUUCUAGAAUUCAAAAAAUUUUUUGUUUCAUCUCAUGAAAUUAUUCACGUUCGUUCAAAGCAAUCACGAUGUAGAACACAGCAGCCAUUUUUUAUAUGUUUAUUCGUCAACGAUCUACAAUUCACUUUAACUCUUCAAGUAGAAAAGGGUUAAACCUGGAAUUCUCAGGAACCGUUGUAUCACUAAACUGCUAGACAUCUUGUCAAAUGUAUAUACAAAUCUAUAUGUGUGCAUACAAGUACAUGACGCGUGAACUUUGUGAUCUAUAAGCAGGAUUAUACAAAUUUUUUUUUAUUCCUUAAGACAAGAGAACAAACAUUAAAAUGUUUAUUCGUAAAAAAUACAUUGCAUUUAGUUUUAACAUAAAUUCUUGUUACUACUCCUCUAUUUUGAAAUUGUAAAUCAGUUUUCUUUUCUUCACCUUUUCCUAAUAGUGAUGAAUUCUUAUUUUGUUAAAACACAGGCACGCGUCGUCAUUAAUAAACAGGAACCGAAUCAAAAAAAAAGGAAAGAAAAACUUCAAUACAUUUGUCCUUUACGAUUCAUUGGAUAGCCAUUAUUCUUAUUUGCUAUCCGGUUGAAAAGUAAUGAUAUCUAAUCGGCACCUGACUUAUCUGAGCCAUUUCAUAUUCGUAUGUCAUUGAAAAUUUCAUUACACACUUGUAAUGGUGUGGAAAAUUUUUUAUUAUGUUCGCUUUCAUUUCAAAGCAAAUUAUUAACAUAGGCAAAUCUCCGAUGUUUAUUUGUGUCAUACAGUAUGCGAUAGCAUUCUUUUUUAAACGUAUUAUAACGUUCAUUAGAAACAUAGAGCCUCUAAUUGUAUAAGUAAAUCAUAAGAUGUAGGUUUUUCUAUGAAAAAGAAAAAGAAUGAAGAAAAAAAAAUGUAUAGUUAAGAUCGUGUAUAAUUACUGCAAUCUUCAUCGUUCGAUAUGCGUAGUACUGGGCUCACAUUUUAUUGACAAACUUAUCAAGUGUUUAUUGCUACGCGAAAACUUGGUAAAUUUAUUAUAUUUGAUAUUUUGUAAUAUCAAAAAAUUUUAGAGCUAUUAUGUUAUUAAUGACCGUCAUUUAAAGGAGUUAUGAUGAAACAAUGUCUAUGAAUACUUAUUAUAUCUUUACUAUUUUCCUUUUUGUAUGAUAAGCGCCCUGAUUGUUAGUUAUUAUUAUGUCACAAAUGCAUACAUUCAUACGUAUAUUGAAAUUUAUGUCUUCAAUUAAAUAUGCUUAAAACGAUGUGGUAUGAAAAUUCAAUAUAUGAUACUAAAAAAGCUUUUCUCAAUUUCUUAAGCCUUUGGCGCAGGCGAAAUAAAAAAAUGAAAAUUGAAGAAAUUAGGAAAAAAGGAAUAUGUAACAAAUUAAGAUACAUUUCUAUUUUUAUAAUUCAUAAAGUGAUAUCGAUGAAGUUAUUAUUGGUAUUAUUAUUAUUAUUAUUAUUAUUAUUAUCAUCAUCAUCAUCAUCAUUGUUAUGUGAUGACCACAUGAAACGACAGGUACACAAAAAAAAAAAAAACAAUUUUGAGUACAAAUUUUUAGAGCAUUAAAGAAACGGAGAACUGAGAAAUUUUUUCAUUGUUUCAUAAUAAGUGAAAACAAAGCGAUGAUGAAGAAGUAUACAGAAUAAAAAAAAAAAAUUAAAAAAAAGUAUA